AUGUUGUUGGUCUCGGGAGUCUCCGAAGUCUUCUUCGACGUCUUAAUGGCUGAUGUCAAUUUCGCCAUUGCCACUUCGAUAAUUUCCACCACGGCAACGAAAUGUGGAUUCGAACCGUCUUCGAUUGGAGUCCUUGUGGCUAGUGAUUGGAUUUUUUCCAUCUGCUGGACGUGUUUGACGACAAUGUUGUUGGUCUCGGGAGUCUCCGAAGUCUUCUUCGACGUCUUAAUGGCUGAUGUCAAUUUCGCCAUUGCCACUUCGAUAAUUUCCACCACGGUAAUGAUGGUUUCAUGGAUGUUGCAGCAAUUCCAAAUGGAAACUUACGGUUCGAAGCGUGGCGGCGAUAUCCUUCUCCAUGAGCUUCCCCUCGACGUAGUAGCCAUGAGUGAAGGCUGCCGUCUGCGGCGGCUGGUUGCCGCCGUGGAGCAGCACGCUCCAUCCGAACGGCGCCGCCGCGUGGCUCGCGUGGUGUGUACUCGAAUUGAACCGCAAGUACAGUCCGUGGUACAUGCCGCCGAGUGUGACGCGAUCCGGCUUCUUCGUGGGUCCGAUGACAGCAGCGAGCAACGCAGCAGCCGCGAGGAACUGCUGCUUCUCCUUCACCCACGUUUUCUUCUGUUCGUCAGUCAUAUCGCAGUCGAACUUUUCAAAAUUGUCUCCCCAUCUCGUGAUGCCGAACAGGGAUUUUUCAGUUCCUGUGUAACCUAUUUCCUGGAGAAUGGUUCUGUUACCGGAUGGGAACUGUCUGCCAGGAAAGACCUUGGCCCAAAGCGAACCUGGUGGGCUGUUACACUUCUGGGGAGCGUUGGUCUCACCACUUGGUAUUGGGUCGACAGGACUUUCUACUUUUUUUCGAAUCCAUUGCAAACUUCAAUCACAGUCGUGGAAUCCAGAGGAUUAGUUCUACCCGAUGUGACGGUCUGUACCAGGCACCGAUUCAAUAUGACUAAAGUCAGGAAUUUGUGGAGGCGGAUAUCUGGGCAUGAUGAUGUUCCGCCUACAGCGGAUUUAGACCUUCUGGAUUACGUAAAUCCUGAUCAAUUUUGGGAACUGGUUGCCUACACUCUUGAAGAACUGGUGGUUGAAUGUAAGUACAUGCAGUAUUUGGAUUGUCUUCAUCCUAAGUUUUGGACCCCUGUUAUGACCGCACAUGGGAAAUGUUUCACGUUGAUGGGGUUGCAAAGCUGGAUUUCGGGAGAGAAGUUCGGUGUAAAAUUGAGACUUAAUGCUACUCCGGAUUUGAUAGCGAACAGAGUAGGAUACAUGUCCAUCAGAUCUGGCUGGGUGGUCUCGGUACACCCGAAGGGAGUUCCGCCCGAUAUUCUUCUUCUAGAGAAAAGUGUAGUGAACGUUCCAAGUCUUUUCACGGAGUCAAACGGAAGCCGUUAUGAUAUUGCGUUGCAUUCAAGAAUUUCCAUCAAGGUUUCCCACUUUGAAAACAUUCCGGUGGGUCAAACCCCAUGCGUUUCUGACCCUGAAUACAAUUACGAAAAUUGUAAGGUGCAUUGCCUGAAUCAGUUCGUGGUGAAUAAUUGCGGUUGUAGAAUGAGCUUCAUGCGGAAUGUUGAAGCUCCACCCUGUCUCACAAGAGAGGAAGUUGUGAAUGUUACGAAUUACCUCGACGGGGUUUACUUCAACGGAACAUGGAACAUGUCAAUGUGCGACUGUCCUCAACAAUGUGUUGAAACGGUUUACAAAGUUUCAGUGGACUCGACAAAAAUGAAACCGGUGCCUGAAGGAAAAGGCAAUGAAUCGUUCAAAUUUUUCCAUUGCAAGCGAAUCUGUGAAAGAAAAAUGGAGUGUUUGAUUGGAAUAGCUUUCAACGAUUUUGCGGUUCUCGCGUCUGAAAUGAACGCUGCUCAGAGCAUCCUCCUGAUGAAGGCUGAAGAAGACAAAAUGUUCAAGUUGGAUGAUCGACUCUUGAUGGGAGUAUGCGGAGAAGCCGGCGACUCGAAGCACUUCGCGGAAUACAUCUCCAAAAAUUUGACGCUUUACCGCAUGCGGAAUGGAUAUUCCUUGGACGCCCAAAGGGCGGCUCAUUUCACGCGGAAAAAUCUAGCCGACUACUUGCGUCGGAGUCCUUACAAUGUCAACAUGCUCAUCGCUGGGUAUGACGAGAAAACCGGUGGGGAGAUUUAUUUCCUGGAUUAUUUGGCAACACUUUCAAAGCUUCCUUUCGUGGCCCAUGGUUACGGAGGUUUGUUCUCGUUGUCCGUGAUGGACCGGUAUUACAAACCGGAUGCGACAAAAGAGGAAGCUGUCGAAAUUAUCAAGAAGUGCAUCAAAGAAGUUCAUCAGAGGUUGAUCAUCAAUAUGCCUAACUUUCAGUUGAGGUGCGUUGACAAAGACGGUGUUACGGAUUUGGGUGUUAUCAACGCAGCUGACCUGAAAGUGCCGAAUAUCGGCGAAGCUUCAAGUGCAAGCGCUAGUUGGUGUGUUAAGAUAUCAAUGGCGGACGCUGCUGCGUUGGAGGAGAUAAGAAAAACGUUCUUGGACCUUUGCGAAUCUUCUCCAGAGGGUCUGAGUAACAGUGUUCUUGAUGCAAACAUGAAGGGGAUCGACCCGAAACUCCGUGUCACUGCUAUCAACAAACUCCUCGGAUCUGGUCUUGUUGAAGUUCUGAAGAAAGGGAAAGAACUUUUUUACCGGAAGAAAGCCCCAGUGAGUGCGCAGGAAGCAGGAACACUUCGUAGCAUUCAAGACAAGGAAGAGCGGUUAAUAUACAAGUUGAUCGCGAAUGCGGGAAACAAAGGAGUGUGGUUGCGAGAUUUGCGAAAUGCUUCGAAUCUCGCUCUUACACAAGUGACAAAAUUGCUUAAAUCUCUCGAGGGAAAAAAGCUCGUCAAAGCCAUCAAAUCGGUUUCGGCCGCGAAGAAAAAAGUGUACAUGUUGUAUGAUCUGGAGCCUGACCAGUCAUUGACUGGAGGUGCUUGGUACUCGGACCAGGAAUUUGAGUCAGAAUAUGUGGACGUUUUGAUGGAUCAGGUUGCCAAAUUUCUUGCAAGAAAAGCUCAGAACUCCAAAGAACGCAACUCUGCGAAUGGGCCUCUGGCUGUUCUCAAUGGAUCCUACGUCACAGUUGCUCAAGUUCAUAACUACAUUGGUGACUUGGGCAUUAGUAAAGUGCGUUUGACUCUUCAAGAAGUUUCUUCAAUACUGGAAGCUCUGAUUCUGGAUCGAGUUGCAGAGCGCGAAAUGGCCUUAAUAGAUGAUUUGGAUGAGAUCCGAGAAGAAAACGGUGAGAAAGAAGCAGACGAGAAGGAAAUUUCGGAGAGAAAAUACCGUGCUGCCACAGAAUUGCUACCUUCGCCGGGAUUGGUUCGAACACCUUGCGGAAUGUGUCCAGUUUUCGAUAGGUGCUCGUAUGUCGGAUCUGUGACUCCCUUGAAGUGCCACUAUUUCAAGGAUUGGCUUAAUGAAUGAAACGAGCGAUCCUGUUCCAGUGUGGAAGCGAUGUGCAAUUGUCGUACCAACGCCCUUAGUUUCUUUUAAC